AUGCAGACAAUCAAGACAGUGGAGACACAAGUGCCAUUCCUCAAAGAGAGUCUGUUCACAUCCACGUUUAAAGGGCGACGUAAGAGCAGUGUGACCAACAUCCUCCGGAGACAGCAGCACACGCUCCAGCUGCAACAACAACAAUGCAUCUUAGAACAUCAACAAAUCAUCUCCCCUCCAGAGCACACCGACCAUCAGUGCCUAACCCGCUCCAACAGCAGCCCGUUAUGCAAGGGAGAGGAGGGGCCAAAACAAGCCCACGAGAGAGUGAGUAAGCAGGGCAGGGGGGCGAACGGCAGUGCCAACACUAGUCUCCUCCCACUCCCCAUAACAUUGCCAGCAUCAGCAUCACAUCUGACAGAGUUGGCUCGGCAGCAGGGAUUAAGCAGCGCGGAGAAAUCGGACAGAAAGAAUAGCCGGGGAGAAGCAGCCCAGGAGGACGAUCAGCAUGCCCGAGCACAGCAGCACAGCCUGUUAGCAAAGGGCGUCCGCCUGUUCAGAAACAUGGGCAAUCAAGAGGCAAAACAGAAGAAGUCGAGCGGAGCAGCGGCAGGGGAUGCCCAGUGUGACGGGGAAGCCGAUGAUAGAGAUGUGGACAAGAAAACCAAAAAGUCACACAGUAAGGCGGAGAGCAAGAAGAAAGGGAAGUCUGAUUCAAAGAGCUCUGUGUUUUCCAACAUGAAGAUCAAGAAGGCAAAGACUAAAGCAUCUUCUAAAGAAGAUGUCUUGGAAGAACAGAAACAGAGGGAGAUGUGUCAAUCUGUGGAUGAUAUAGGCACGGUGUCAGAUUAUGAAGGAGAACCUUACAUUACACACGGAGAGAACGGAAACAAAACAGGUUCAGGAUCAGACGUUGACCUCUAUAGUUAUCACUCAGCAGCGGCAGACAGCGAAGAUCUAUUAAAAGACAUCCAAAUGACCAUUAGACAGCAGUGUGUGGAAACUGAGCAGUUGUUAGAGUCGAUGGUCAAUCAGUACUCGGAAAGAUCAACCUCAAAUGUAGCAAAGACACAAAAUGCAAAUCAGGAUGUACCAAUGUCUAGGGAUUCGUCUGGUGAAAGUGGACAAUCAGCAGAGCAAAGCAAUGGUAGCACUUUACCCAAAACCAAUAGCACUUACAGUUUUCCAGACACAACGGGCACCACAACAUCCUAUGAGAGUGCGGAGGAGCCCCAGGAUGAGCUGGAGAGCCCUGUUCGGAAGCCCAGUUUGCAGAAGAAAAUGGGUGUUCCAAACAUUUACCUAGAGUCUGGUGUUGUACCAGGUGCAGGAUCGCUCUGUGGCCAGAAAAGUGUAAGCAGCUCAGAUCUGUCAAUGGAAAGAGACGAGGAGGAAAUUACAAAACAAAACUUCUUGUCGCUCAAAAGGAGGAAGAAUAGCAUGUCCUCCAAUCAGCUAAACAUAGAUUCACAGCCGAGAAGAAGAAGCUCUACAGUCAAACUCUACCCCCCUGUUCACCCCUCCUAUGUGAAAACCACCACAAGACAGCUCACCUCCCCAAUUGGUUCACCUGUAACCAGCCCAAACAUCCCCAGGAAGGAACCCACAGCUCAGGAGUCAAGCACACGGGAGCCAGGGUUACAAAAACGCAAGCAGAGGUCUUCUUCAGUAGCUGGACCCUUUAGUGCUUCAGAAUGGAAAGCAGACCUAGAUGAGAUGGGAAUCAAGCCUCACAGUAGCAAGGCAAAGGCAGAUGUACAGGAGACACAAGACAAGGUGUUCACUGCAGGAACGUACUGGACACUGGGGUCGAGGAGAGCACAGUAUGUCCGGCAGGCUUCCAACACCCCAACGCCAUAUCUGGAUGUCUUCUCAGGUCAGACCUUGCUGGAGAGAGUGAGUUUGCAACAAGGAGAGAGCUGCACGGACAAAGAAGCAAAGGAUCUGUGUCAGAAAAUGCUGUCUCUGGGUUUACUCCACCCCUUCAGCGACAGCAACAAAGAGGUCAACCAUGGGCCCACAUCUCCAACAUCGCCUGAUUUCUUCGAGGAGCAGCUGUACACCUGGGCCUCUCUGGGCCUGCCUGUGUCCUCUCACAUCUGGGAGCUGUAUGGAGGAAAAAGCACUGGCAGAGUCACCAACUCCCGCCGCCCUCAGUCAUCAGCACUGCACUCUCCGACAGCAUCCAGCAGGUUGAAAUCAGGACAGUCUUCCUCGGAGGAUGAAGGACUCCUGGUUCCUCAAAUGAAGCGCACCAUCAGUGACCUGCAGAUUAAGAUUGAUGCGCUGCAGGGCCAGCAGACAGAUCAUUCUGUUGACUCUUCAGGCACCGGCUCUCUGCACAAGGCCUCACUAGUGACUGGGAGAGCGGCAGGGAAGAGCCAGGAUGUGUGUGUGCAGACCUCACCCACCAAAGAGCGACCCAGGACUGACAGUGUGCCCAUGAGCCAAGCACCAGCCUCCAGCUCUGCAGACUGCCCCAUGUGUAGUGUCUGUAAGAGGCAACAAAGUGUUAAAGGCCCACCUCCUCCACCAGCAGCAGGCUCUCUGUGUAUGCCUCCACCUCCUCCACCUCUGCCUCCUGGCAUGGGACCACCACCACCACCACCCCCUCCACCUCCACCUCCUCUUCCUGGCAUGGCACCACCCCCUCCACCUCCUCUUCCUGGCAUGGCACCACCUCCGCCACCACCUCCUCUUCCUGGUAUGGCACCACCGCCGCCACCACCUCCUCCUCCUGGUAUGGGACCACCACCGCCACCACCUCCUCCUGGUAUGGGACCCCCUCCACCCCCGCCUCCACCUGGCAUGGGACCCCCACCGUUAUUUCCAGGUUUUGGGCCUCCGCCACCACCAGGAGCCAUGCCCUCAAUGGUUCUCCAGGAAGCUGCUUCUGCCAAAGCCAUAAUUGAGCCCCCGAAGCCCAUGAAGCCGCUGUACUGGACACGCAUUCAGCUUCACGCCAAAAAGCAAAACGACUUGUUGGUGUGGGAAAAAAUUGAAGAACCGUCUGUGGACUUUGAUGAAUUUGUGGAACUUUUUUCUAAAAGUGCUGUUAAGGAAAAGAAAAAGCCAAUUUCGGACACCAUCACCAAGACUAAAGCCAAACAGGUGGUGAAACUAUUGAGCAACAAGCGGUCUCAAGCUGUGGGCAUUUUGAUGUCGAGUAUUCAUCUGGACAUGAAGGACAUUCGUAAUGCCGUUCUCAACAUGGACAAUAGCAUAGUGGACCUGGAGACACUGCAAGCUCUUUAUGAAAAUAGAGCUCAAGCAGAUGAGUUGGACGGAAUCAAAAAGCACAUAAAUGCGACCAAAGACAAGGAGGACGCUAAGUUAUUGGACAAACCUGAACAGUUUUUGUUCCAGAUUUCUGAAAUCCCAAACUUUUCCCAGCGAGUCUUCUGCAUCCUUUUCCAGUCGACCUUUCAUGAGUGCAUCACCUCAGUCAUUCGCAAAGUCGACAUCCUUCAGAAAGUGUGCAAGAAUUUGAAAGGCAGUCAGAGCGUUCUGCAAGUGCUGGGUCUGGUGCUGGCCUUUGGAAACUACAUGAAUGGAGGGAACCGCACUCGAGGACAGGCUGACGGCUUCACACUGGACAUCCUGCCAAAACUCAAGGACGUGAAAAGCAGCGAUAACUCCCAAAGUCUUUUGUCCUACAUCGUUGCUUACUAUCUGAAGCACUUUGAUGAGGAUGCUGGCAGGGAGAACAGCGUGUUCCCACUGCCCGAGCCCCAGGACCUGUUCCAGGCCUCACAGAUGAAGUUUGACGACUUUCAGAGAGAUUUACGCAAGAUGAGAAAAGACCUCAAUGCGUGUUCGGCGGAAACUGACAAAGUGUGCAAGCUGUCACUGGAAGAGAACCUCCAGCCUUUUAAGGACAAGAUGGAUGACUUUCUGAACAAAGCCAAAACAGAGCUGGAGACGCAGGAGAAGCAGCUGGCAGACACUCAGAAGAUCUUUCUGGAGCUCAGCGUGUCGUUCUCAGUCAAGCCCAAAGGCGGAGAGAAGGAGGUCUCCCCCAACACGCUCUUCUCCAUUUGGCACGAGUUCUCCUCCGAUUUCAAAGAGCAGUGGAAGAGGCAGAACAAGCUGAUGUUACAGGCGAGGGUCAAAAAGGCUGAGGAAUGCUUAAAACAGGCCAAAGAGAAGGCUUCCUACAACGUGAAACCCAAACACGCAACUGGAAUAAAAGCCAAGUUGGGCCAGAAGAUCUGA